AAGCCGGUGGUGGAGAUGGAUGGGGACGAGAUGACGCGGAUCAUCUGGGAGUUUAUCAAGGAGAAGCUGAUCCUGCCCAACGUCGACGUGCAGCUGAAGUACUUUGACCUGGGCCUGCCGAACCGGGACCAGACGGACGACCAGGUCACCAUCGACUCGGCGCUGGCCACCCAGAAGUACAGCGUGGCCGUGAAGUGCGCCACCAUCACGCCCGAUGAAGCCAGAGUGGAAGAGUUCAAGCUGAAGAAGAUGUGGAAGAGCCCCAAUGGCACGAUCCGAAACAUCCUGGGCGGGACUGUCUUCAGGGAGCCCAUCAUCUGCAAGAACAUUCCCCGCCUGGUCCCGGGCUGGACCAAGCCCAUCACCAUCGGCAGACACGCCCAUGGCGACCAGUACAAGGCCACGGACUUCGUUGUGGACAGGUCUGGGACAUUCAAGAUGGUGUUCACCCCGAAGGAUGGCAGUGCCGUGAAGGAGUGGGAGGUUUACAACUUCCCUGGCGGGGGUGUCGGCAUGGGCAUGUACAACACGGACGAGUCUAUCUCCGGCUUCGCUCACAGCUGCUUCCAGUACGCCAUCCAGAAGAAGUUGCCCCUUUACAUGAGCACCAAGAACACCAUCCUCAAGGCCUACGAUGGGCGCUUCAAAGACAUCUUCCAGGAGAUCUUCGACAAGCACUACAAGACAGAGUUUGACAAGCUGAAGAUCUGGUAUGAGCACCGGCUCAUUGACGACAUGGUGGCCCAGGUGCUGAAAUCCUCUGGCGGCUUCGUCUGGGCCUGUAAGAACUACGACGGGGACGUCCAGUCGGACAUCCUGGCCCAAGGGUUCGGUUCCCUGGGCCUGAUGACCUCUGUCUUGGUGUGCCCGGAUGGAAAGACCAUAGAAGCUGAGGCAGCCCAUGGCACUGUCACCCGCCACUACCGGGAGCACCAGAAGGGACGACCCACCAGCACUAACCCCAUUGCCAGCAUCUUUGCCUGGACGCGUGGCCUGGAGCACAGAGGCAAGCUGGACAGUAACCCGGAUCUCAUGACGUUUGCUCAGACUCUGGAGAAGGUCUGCGUGGAGACGGUGGAGAGUGGAGCUAUGACAAAGGACCUCGCAGGCUGCAUCCACGGGCUCAGCAACGUGAAGCUGAACGAGCACUACAUGAACACCACGGACUUCCUGGACACAAUCAAGAACAACUUGGACAAAGCCCUGGGCAAGCAGUAGAGGCGAUGGGCUGUUCAGGGUGGGGUGGGGGGUGUCCGUCCGUCCGUAGCAGCACCAGAGCCAGGCGGUUUA